AUGUCAGAACUUAAUCCACACACCAAGCAUAGAGAGUUCAACGGUGUUGUUGGUGCUCUCGGAAUUACCAUCUUUCUUCCAGCCGUGCUUGAAUUUUUUCAACUAGUGUGUAAUCCCACAUAUUCAAUAAAAGGUAUUAACAUUGAUUUUCAUCAAAUCUCAGAACAGCUUCCCACUACGUCGCAGCAGUGGCUAGACCUAGCAUUUAACACGCAGGUUUGGAAAGCUUACUUGGCCUGGUUUUUUGGAUUGGUGGUUUUGGAUCAGAUCUUACCUGGGAAGGAAUUGCAAGGAGUAGAGUUGAGAGAUGGAACAAAACUCAAGUAUACUAUUAAUGGAGUAUCCAUGAGUGUUUCAUUGAUUGCAUUGCUUUUUUCUAGGUUGGCGGUAUCGCGAAAUUUCUACUUGCCAGAGUUGCAAUUCAUUUAUGACCACCAGCUCCAUCUUGUGAUUACAACAAUUAUUUUUUCUUUCAUCUUGGCUAUAUUUGUUUAUGUUUACUCCUUUGUGCCAUUGACCAAACCUAAUGGCAAGGGUACCAAGGAGAGGAUUCUUAGCGUGAAUGGAAACACCGGCAAUAUCUUUUACGAUUGGUUUAUUGGCCGUGAGUUGAAUCCCAGAAUUGGCUCAUGGGAUAUAAAACUAUUUUGUGAAUUGAGACCAGGAAUGUUGUUGUGGUUUUUGAUCAAUUUAAGUUGCGUUCACCAACAAUACCAUAUCAAAGGGUAUGUCACCGACUCCUUAAUUUUGGUAAACAUUUUGCAAGCUAUUUACUUGUUUGAUGGUGUUUUGAAUGAAGCAGGGUGUUUGUCAAUGAUUGACAUAACUACUGACGGAUUCGGCUUUAUGCUCAGUUUUGGAGAUUUGGCUUGGGUGCCAUGGAGUUACAGCUUACAAUCAAGAUAUCUUGCAAUCCCCGGUAAUGAGGUGGAUUUGGGAUGGUUCUACUUUACAGCAAUCUUGCUCUUGCAAUUUGUUGGGUUCUACAUAUUCCGCGCAGCAAACCAACAAAAAUCAGAUUUCAAAAAUGGCAAGUUGAACCACUUGAAGAGUAUUGAAACCAAAACUGGCUCAAAGCUAUUGGUUGAUGGGUGGUGGGGUAUGUCACAGCACAUUAACUACUUAGGGGACUGGCUCAUUGGAUGGUCAUGGUGUUUACCAACAGGAUUCCAAACACCAUUGACAUAUUUUUAUGUCAUUUACUUUGCAAGCUUAUUGAUUCACAGACAAGUCAGAGACGACAUGAAAUGUCAAGCAAAGUAUGGAAAGGAUUGGGACAAGUACAAAGAGUUGGUGCCCUACAAAAUUGUGCCUUAUUUGUAUUAA